GGCGCCGGCAGCCGCAGGGGCGCGGCGCGGCGCGGCGGCCUCGGUCUCGUACGCUCUUCCGUCGUGUCCCUACCGCCAUCCCUCGGGGCAUUCCAGCGGCUUCGUCGCCGCCGCCGCCGAGGCCGGGGAGGGGCGGGAGGCCGGAACGGAGGAGAAGGGGGAAGCGUGCGAGAGGAGGCGGGGAGAGAGGGCGGCGGCGGGCGGGCAGCGAUCGGAACGCCCGAUUGGAUUUAAUACGUUUCCUCGGGGUCGGGAGAAACUCGCGGCCGCCGGACCCGGUUCGGACGCCCGAAGCAAGGUGGCCCUGAAGACAGGAUGGGGAUAGAUAUAUGAAACAGGAUAUCAGAGAACUCUUAAAUAAUUAUACUAAUUUUAUCAGUGAGAGAAAAUUUCUUAAGUUCACAUCUCUGUGAUUCAUAGUUACUCACGUAGGUAUCCAGUGUUUGUGUCGUUUAAUUAACCUCUACUAAACUUAUGUAGGAUGACUUAUUCUAAGUAAAGGAAAAUAUUCCUGAUUUUUUUUCAGUAGAUAAUCUUCUGGGGAAUUUACAGACACAGGGAAUAGAGUGAAGAAUGCUAGACAGUAGUUGGAAAAAAUGUACAAUUUGACUUUAAGGUAAUUUUUGGUGGUUCGUGUUCGAGUGUUGUUUUUUUUUAGUUUUCCUGAAGGAAAAAAUUAACUUAAGGGCUCAGCUGUAAGUGGAAAGAGGAGAAAGAUGCUUAAACCUGUGUGUUCCCAUCCUGUCUGGGAAUGUGGCAGGAAGGGGAAAUCAAUUGGGCCUCUGAAUUUGGCAAGCUGUCUGGCUCUAAUUCUGAUAGAUAAGAUCAGAAACACUGACAUGGGAGAGAGAAACUACUGGAGCUUUACUGCUUUUACUAUUGUUUAACUACAGUGCAUCAUCGGCAUCCUAUUUUAAGAGAUUUUUUUUUUUCUGAAACAGUGUUCUGUGUAGGAGGGAGCUUUCUCUGGAUGUUAGAAAAUCCUGUUCUUCCAGUGCAUCAUUCUUAAUCUAGACUUUUAUACUUUGGGUCUCUUACCAGAAAUUUCAUCUAAAAAAAUAAAACAUAAACAUUAGAAAUACUAAAAUUAAAAUGACCUUUAAUAGACUUAGAUAAGACAAAUUUACUUUUUCAUUUGUAUUUAUGAGUGAGCUCCUCGUCUAUUCAAGCUGCACUUUUGUCUUGCUUCACUGAAGCAAAGCAAAGGUGCUGAGGAUUGUGGCGUUCCUCUGUGCUUCUUGCAGUGCUGCUGUUACUAGAGAAAGGUGGAGCAGGCAAAUGUUUUUUGUGGACUUUUCCUGUUUGGUACUGCUAAAAAGGAAGGAGAGGCAUUGUCAGGAUUUCCAAUGUCCUGUAGUCUUUCAUGACACUGCUGUUACUGAAUUGGUUGUACUGUAGCAGUCUGUGACAACUCAUGGGAAAGAUCACGGCCCUGUAGACAACAAAUUAAAACAAGGUUACAGGAUGGAAGAGAAGUGAAUCUCUACUCACAGUUACUUUUAGAUCUCAUUCUUGCUUUUCUCUUAGCUCUAGUUUAAAAAAACCUGGUCACAGAGCAGCAGACUGCAACCCAGACUUCAAGAAACAGUGCAGUCACUUCCAUCUGUCCCAGGUGUAGUAAGUCCCUGCCUGUUGCUACUGAGUUCAAGUAGGUAUUUACUCAUUUUAGAUUCAUAGAUAACAAAAGACAUUCAAUUUGUGUUAAAUACUAAUACUUUUAUAUUUCAGCUUCUGAAUUUGAAAUAUCUGUAGAGGAAUGACCUUAGCGUGGGAAUGCUAUUAAUUUUCCUGAAACUUGUAUAAACCUGUUUGUAAUCACUGAAAGGGCUGCAGGGAGAAGUACCCAUUGGAUAAUUCAAAUUAUUUGAAAUCACAGUUAAGAAUUUUCUUGGGAUUUCUAUAUUGUCUUCUUCAGUUCUUUUCUCCUAGUGCGAGGAAAAAAGGCUUAUUAUGUCAGCAGCCGAUCAGUACGGCACUGCUCUACUUCUUAAAAUAUUUAUUUGAUGCCACUGAAAUAAUUAUUUUUCACCUGCUAAAAAGCACAGGACUUCAGGAAGUUAAGUAGAAGUUUUGAGGCUGUAGUUUGCACUAUGAUGGGAAGGAAGAAUGAAUUGUUUAAUCUUUCUAACUGGUGAAAAACUUUUCCUCGAAUUAAGCUGUAUAUCAGCUGUGAUAGUUUGUUUCAGAGAACUUGUCCUUCAAUGUAGCUGCCAAAAUUCCAAGUAAUUCUUUAAUUUUCUUUAAAUUGAAACCAUUAUUCUUCACCAUCUAAAAAGACAAAAAAAUACAUCAGAAACCAUUUAAGAAUAUAUACAUAUUUUAAAUUUUGUUGUAACAAAAUCUUCAAAAUGCCUGAUCCACUAAAAUAAAACUAAUAUUAUGGUUUUUUAUUUUUUUAAAAUGUAAUCAUAGUCUGUUAGCAUAGAAGAACACAACACUACAUAAAGAGAAAAAUAACUUCAUUUACAUGCUUAAUUACUGUGUUAGGAGUGAAAAGAAACUUUAAAUUGGCAAAACUAAAAUGCGUGUUCUGAGAGUAAAGCUAAAUAUGGGACAAGAAAAAUAGUGCUUCACCACAUGGGAGACUUCUUGACUAGUCUUGUAUUUAGAACCAUGGCUCAGGCAAAGAAGAGUAAUUAUUUUAUAUCAAAAUUGUAACCACUAAUUGAUGUGGAGGAGGAUUUAUGUAUGUAUGAAUGAAUACGAAGAAAAAAAAUAAAGUUCAGGCAUUCUUUUAUUUGUCCAAGACGAUAGCGCUGCUGAGAAGAGUUUUGGCCUAGUAUAUAUCGCAGUUAUUGCAUAAACUACAAGGAGAACAUACUUUGAAUCUGCAAAAUACUGAUUUUUAUUUUUAAUUCUUUUUAUUGAAAUAGACUGGCUACUCCUUAAUGAAGCAGUGAAAAUAGUGCUUUUUAAAUCUUCACUGUAAAUAUGAACUUGCUAUUUACAGUACAGCAUUUCAUUAAAAAAAAAUACAAAGGCAAAAAAACUGACUUGCUGAGAUGGGUAGCAGAAUAAAGACAGAAAUGUUCUUUAAGGCAGAGCAUUCUAAAGAAAAACCGAACUCCUUUUGCGUAUUCAUUUUCUUUAAGUACUACAUUUCAUUACAGCUCUGCGUAGCAUUUUAUCUUUCAGAAUGCAUCUAUAUUUGUGUUUGUAGUAGUAUCUAUUUUUUCUGCAAUAGAGCAGUCCCUAAUGGGGAUUGAAUACGUGCAUCUGCAAGCACUCCUGUCUUUUAAAUUGUGUUCUGUGAAUAUGUUUCUGCUUGUAUUACUCUCACCACCAGCUGAAUUGUGUAACCUGUUUAGAUGUGGUGCAGGAGUUUUCUGGGCAGCUUAUCUGUUUUGUUAUUAGCUUUAAGGUAUUCAGUGUAGUUCUUCCUCUCAUGUUCCCAAUCUCUGAUUUCUGGUUCUCAGUCUUGUUUUUUUGAGCCCACCAUGUUCUUCUGACCUCAGUUUGAUUGUCCUAAUUUUAGCUGGGAGUUUUGGUAAUUAUGUUUUUGGAGUGGAGUGCAUAUGAAGCAGGACAUCGGGUUUCUGUUUUUAAUGUAUGGACUGCACAGUAUUGGAAAAAAGAAUAUUAACUGGGAAUCUUCUGAUGAGAAAUAGAUUUUCAUUUUUCUUUUUUUUCCCCCUUACUACAUUAGUUUGUGUUGAACUGCUAUGUGUUGCAUGAACUUGUCUGCAGGCAGUUAGAUGGAAAGUCUAGUUAACAGAUGAGAACUUUUAUUUUAUACUGAAAUACUGCAUAUUUACAACAGUGCAGCUUGCUUGUUUAAAAACCUUUGCUAUCUGCUGCAGAUGGCUGAGUAGUGUAAGGAGUGGUUUCCUGGCUACAUUGUACAUGAAGUGCCAAAUAUGAUGAGAGCAGUUUUGUGCUGGAAUACCAAAAUAUAUUAAAUCCAUUCAGGAAGCAACAUAUGUCAAAUGAAUAAAAAUAUCACACUCGUGCAAAACAGAAUAUGGUAGCUAUGCUUUUCAAAUCUGUUCCCCUACCCUCACAAAUUAAGGGGUUAAGAGGACUUACUGUUUUAUGUAUUGAGAAUAGUAUUAAAUAUUAAUUGCUGGCUUAGGCUUUUGGUAUUUUCUUUACUGUUUGUUUCCCUAUACCUUUGCUUUCUCUUUUGCUUACCAUGUGCUGUAUACUGAAAUGGAAACUUAGAGGCUAUCAGUAGGGGUGUUGCAUAUGAAAAAAGAGUAUUUUCUUUGAAUAUUUAGGCAUGCGCACAGCAUAUAAGACCAUUUAUUUGAUCUGUUACGGCUGCCGACAUGCUUUUCUUUAUCUUAUGAAGAGAGAUGUAUGUAUUUGCUUGAUACUGCAGGUAGAGAAACAACAUUGUUAACAUCUUUGGCUGCUCUUUUUUAUUUUCACUUCUGCCUAAACUCUGCAAUUUCAGCAAGUUCUGAAUAUGGGAAGUGAAAACAUUCACUAAUAGCUCCACAUAUUGCAGGAUUUUAUGAUAAAGAAGCAAACUCAUGGUGGAGGGCAUUUUGUUGUAUAUUACUUCCUUGUUUGCAAAGAGGGUGGUAGUCGCUUUGUUUCAGUUUCUAACUGUAAUUUUUUAUGUAGAUUUUGCUUCUGCUCUCAAGUAAUUUGAAAACUUUAAUUUUGUAGCUCUGUUAAACCAACCCAGAGGAACAAAGUGUAUGCGUUUAAAGCAGUUUUGCUUUUACUUUCUGAUUUUUUUUUCCUUCUGUCACUAGUCAUACAGUUAGAUAAUUCACUGAGGUUAAUUUUUUACAUGAGGUCCUUGGUGUUGUUCUGUCUUGUAAUAGCACCCCGAAGGAGGAGGCAGUUGAGAGGAAGUAUUUUCAUAGUUCUGGCAGGCAUGCGUUUAUUUAAAUCUAGCAUUUAAUAAUGAGAUAGCUUCACCUAAAGCUUGGCUGUAGCUGAAGCCAUAAUUAUUUCUGUAUUCUUUUUGUGUAUAUGUGUUUUGUAGGCAUGCAAGAUUAACAGAUCUGACUUGAAGUGGAGUGCAAUCUUGGUAAUCUCAUCUUCUGGAUUGAAAGAGGAAAUGUUGGUGUUUCUAUUUUGAAUUCCCUGUUGCUUCUUGAAGUCUUUACCUUUUCAUGUUCCAUGUGGUGGAUGGUUUGAUAAACUCCGUGCUGCAUCCUGGUGACUCUGUGAUCCAAGUUCAGAAGCUGAUUCAGACUCCUGUGCUGUGAAUUGGCAGUGGUGGAGUGAUUCGGAAUGUUGGCUUUGAAAGCUCAGGGAAGAAGCAGCAGGGAAAAGGAAGUAACACAGUGUGCCUGAAAAUGACAACGAAGCGGAAUUUGUUGGUGCGGCUGGUGCCAUGCCGCUGCCUGCGUGGAGAGGAGGAGACGGUCACUACGCUUGAUUAUUCUCACUGCAGCCUGGAACAGGUGCCUAAGGAAAUUUUUACAUUUGAAAAGACCCUGGAAGAACUCUACUUAGAUGCUAAUCAGAUUGAAGAGCUUCCAAAGCAACUUUUUAACUGUCAGUCGCUGCACAAGCUGAGUUUGCCAGACAAUGAUCUAACUACAUUGCCAGCAUCCAUUGCAAAUCUCAUUAAUCUCAGGGAACUGGAUGUCAGCAAGAAUGGCAUACAGGAGUUUCCAGAAAAUAUAAAGAACUGCAAAGUCUUGACAGUUGUCGAGGCCAGUGUAAAUCCAAUUUCAAAACUUCCAGAUGGAUUUUCCCAGCUGCUAAACCUAACUCAGCUGUACCUGAAUGAUGCAUUUCUUGAGUUUUUGCCAGCCAACUUUGGCAGAUUAACUAAACUCCAGAUAUUGGAACUUAGAGAAAACCAGUUAAAAAUAUUGCCAAAAACCAUGUCCAGACUAACCCAGCUGGAGAGACUGGACCUAGGAAGUAAUGAAUUCACAGAAGUGCCUGAAGUGCUUGAGCAGCUGAGUGGGUUAAAGGAAUUUUGGAUGGAUGGUAACAGACUAACACUUAUUCCAGGAUUUAUAGGCACUUUGAAACAACUGACCUACCUGGAUGUUUCUAAAAACAACAUUGAAAUUGUUGAAGAAGGUAUUUCAGGUUGUGAAAGCCUACAAGACCUAUUGUUAUCCAGUAAUUCACUUCAGCAACUGCCAGAGACUAUUGGUUCCCUGAAAAAGGUAACAACCCUUAAAAUUGAUGAAAACCAGUUAAUUUAUUUGCCAGACUCCAUAGGAGGGUUAGUAUCAGUAGAAGAACUGGACUGCAGUUUCAAUGAGAUUGAAACAUUGCCAUCAUCUGUUGGGCAACUAUCUAACAUAAGGACAUUUGCUGCAGACCAUAACUUCUUAACGCAGCUACCACCAGAGAUUGGAAAUUGGAAGUAUAUAACGGUAUUGUUUCUGCAUUCAAAUAAACUUGAAUUUCUCCCUGAAGAAAUGGGUGACAUGCAGAAAUUGAAGGUCAUCAACCUGAGUGACAAUAGGCUGAAGAAUUUGCCAUUUACCUUUACAAAACUGCAACAGCUCACUGCUAUGUGGCUAUCGGACAAUCAGUCUAAACCACUUAUCCCCCUUCAAAAAGAAGCUGACCCUGACACACAGAAAACUGUGCUUACAAAUUACAUGUUCCCCCAGCAGCCAAGGACUGAGGAUGUUAUGUUCAUAUCUGACAAUGAAAGCUUCAAUCCAUCUUUGUGGGAAGAACAGAGGAAACAGCGUGCUCAGGUGGCAUUUGAAUGUGAUGAAGACAAAGAUGAGAGAGAGGCACCACCUCGGGAAGGCAAUCUGAAGAGGUAUCCGACUCCAUAUCCUGAUGAGCUAAAGAAUAUGGUCAAAACGGUCCAGACAAUUGUACAUAGGCUAAAGGAUGAAGAGACUACUGAAGAUGUUGCCAAGGAAUCAAAACGAGAAAGCCAGACAGUUUCUGUAAAAGAUGUGGGGGUAAAGACUUCCGAAAUUGUUCCAAUGAAGAAUAAGGCUGAUGAGAGAAAGCAAUAUUCAGCAGGAAGCUCUGUGCAGAAGCCUACUGAACCAGAAGCUGAGCACUGCACUGCAAAUUCGCAGAUGGCUGCACUUGUUAAAACCUUGCAGAACACAAAACCAAUUGUUAACCAUGAAGACACGCUUGAGCAGGAGUCAGAAGAACUCUCCUCUGAUGAAGAGAUGAAAAUGGCAGAAAUGCGACCACCACUGAUAGAAACUUCCAUCAACCAACCAAAAGUGGUAGCUCUUAGCAACAAUAAAAAAGGGAGAAAAUUGUUGGGGCCAAAGCUCACAGUUGAAGCUGAUGAUUCAAAAGAUGCUGAUUCCUUAUCAGAUGAAGUUACCCAUAACAGUAAUCAAAAUAACAGCAACUGUUCUUCUCCUUCUCGAAUGUCAGAUUCUGUUUCCUUAAAUACUGAUAGUAGCCAAGAUAUUUCUCUCUGUUCUCCAGACAAAGAAACACAUGCUGCUGUUUUAUCCAAGAUCAGGCGAGAAGAUGAAAAUUUGAAUAAUCUUUUGCAAAAUGGAGGUGAAUUGAACAUUACUGCAGAAGAAAAAAUAAAUGUGCAGGAGAAAGUUACAAAUCUGUCUGAAUAUGAACUGAGCAUUGAAGAAAAAAUAGGUCUGAUAGGAAAAGGUGUGGAUCUAAGUAGUCCUACAGAGGAGACUCACAAAUUAGACCAAAUAAAUAUGAAUAUCAAUAAACUGGUUAGUGAAGAGGCAGUGCCAGUUCCCACAGAAAGAGUAAAACCACAGGAAGUAGUGUCAGUAAAGGGCUUUAUGAAUAAUAUGAAAGAAGAAGGUGAGCACUUGGAAAAUGGAAAUAAGUAUCCUAUAAAUAAAGUAAAUGGACAUCCUGAGGAAUCAGUACAUUCUCCCAGUAAGGAUGAACUACUGAGAAGCACUACAGCUGAUGGUGGCUCUUCCACUGAGCUGUCUAUUUCACGGAGCACUGAAGAUCUGUCUCCACAGAGAGGUGGUACUGUGAUGAAGUCUCACAGCAUCACCAGUAUGGACCCUGGUGGUCUGAAAGUCUACGAUAUUGUCAGUGACAGUGGAUCUCCACAGCCAAACUCAGUGAUAAAAUCUUCAUCUGGUGGUGCAGAUGGGAAGAACAUAGUCAGGAGUAAAUCUGCUACUCUUCUAUAUGAUCAGCCUUUGCAAGUUUUUCCCGGGUCAUUGUCAUCAUCUGAUUUAAUAUCAUCUACAAAAACUCCAUUCAAAUUGGACUCAAAUCACAAUCCUGAAGGUGCUAAUGUAGUGAGAGGAUCAGUGACAGGUGGUCCACAGAUGUUUUCCACUCCCCAGUAUAAUAUUCAGUACAGCAGCAGUACAACAGCGAAAGACACCUUGUGGCCCCAGAAACAAAGCACCCAAGUAGAACAAAGCAGCUUACCUCCUUCACGUCUGCUGAGGUCUGACAGCACAGAAGCACCUAGCUAUGUAAAACAUUCUGCCAAUAUGAAUUUCUCCAAUCACAACAAUGUCCGUGCCACUGCUGCAUAUAGCACUCAUCAGCGAAUGGCUGGUAGACAUAUAGACAUGUGGGCUGUUCCACCAAAUGAUAGACUGCUCCCUGGAGCAACAAGGCACACUCUUCAAAGACAGAGCAGUGUAUCUUCUACUGCUUCUGUAAAUGUUGGUGAUGCCGGACCAUCAAGGCGGGCCCAGGUUCCUGAAGGGGAUUAUUUAACAUACAGAGAUUUGCAUUCAAUGGGAAGAGCCCCACCAGUAAUGUCAGGGCAGCAGAGACCUCUUUCUGCCAGGACAUACAGCAUUGAUGGUCCAAAUGUACCUCGACCACAGAGUGCUCGUCCGUCAGUGAAUGAAAUACCAGAAAGAACUAUGUCAGUUAGUGACUUUAAUUACUCUCGGACUAGCCCUUCAAAGAGAUCAAAUCCAAGAGUUAACUCUGAGCACUCUUUGUUAGACCCUACAGGAAAAAGUAAAGUCCCUCAUGACUGGAGGGAACAGGUGCUGCGACAUAUUGAGGCUAAAAAGCUAGAAAAGAGCAUGCUGUCUAGGUCCUUUAAUUCCAAUUAUGCUGCAGUUAGCAGCUUUCACUAUGGCAGCUCUAGGGAUCUGCAUGGCAGCCAGGGUAGUGUUGCCUUGAGUGUUGCAGACGGAAGAGGUUCUGGUGUGCACGUUGUUCGACAUCCCCAGGCUUCAGCUUCAGGAGACCAAUGUCAAGAUGAGGUAUUCAUUUCAGGAAAGCAGAACUACUCAUCUGCUACGCUUAGUCUCAAAGAUGUCCCUCCAGACAGCAUGAAGAAAAUAUCUGUGCAGAUACCUUUGACAAACGGACAAAUGUGCCAGCCGCAAAGACCUCAGGCAAACUAUAGCCAAGUCCAUCAUCUCCCUCCUCAGUCAUCAGUAGGAAGACAUCCAUCUAGAGAACAGUUAAUUGAUUAUUUGAUGUUAAAAGUUGCCCACCAACCUACCUAUACCCAGUCCCAGUGUUCUCCCAGACAAAGCCAUGAAUUGGUAAAGCAAGAGAUUCGAGUAAGAAUUGACAAGGAUCCAGAACUUGGGUUUAGUAUAUCAGGAGGAGUUGGUGGUAGAGGAAAUCCAUUCAGACCUGAAGAUGAUGGUAUAUUUGUAACCAGAGUACAACCUGAAGGACCAGCAUCUAAGUUGUUGCAACCUGGGGAUAAAAUAAUUCAGGCUAAUGGAUACAGCUUCAUAAAUAUUGAUCACGGACAAGCAGUAUCUUUGCUAAAGACUUUUCAGAACACAGUGGAACUCAUCAUUGUGAGAGAAAUUUCUUCAUAAAUUCUGUGGAUAAUGGGGAUAAAGCCAACAGGAUUCAUUGAAGGACUUAUGGGAAACUGAAUAUUUUGCCUAUUUUUAUACAUGAAAGGAACUUGAAAAGAAUUAUGAUCAAUAUUUGUACAGGAAAUGAAAAACUGAACUUGUGGUUAAAGGGGAAAAAACCACUGUAUAGAACAUACAGAAAAUCAUUUUGGAAAUGCAUAUGGUGAAUAAACUUGUUUUUAAGCAUUAUAGCAAUCUAAGGAUCACUCCUCCAAGAACAAACCUGUGUUAUUGUUUUGUACAGAUGGUAGGUUUAUUUUUGGAUAAUUCAUACACAUUACUAAACUUUGUGCGAGGCUUUAAGAAGCCUAGGUUGUAGCCAAUGGACAGAUGGCAGGGCUGUCUGUCCUGUAGCUGUUUAUUGCCUUUAUUUUUAUUCACCAGAUAUUAAUGUGUUAUGCUGAAACCACUUCUAUAGAUGUGGAAAGGGGAUAUUAAAUGUUGGCUUUGAUAUGUGCACAUUGUAUAGUUGAAUGGGUAGAUGGAAGGUGGUGCUGGUCGGACAGUACAAAGGUCAGGUGAAUCAACUAUCUGCUAUCUAAAUCUGGAAUCAAUAAAGAAAAAAAAAAGCAUUUAGUUCUGGAGUGUACAUCUACCAAUAGAAAAUGCAAUAAAAGAUUAUGGUGUUUUUUAGGAAGACUGUAAUUACAAAUCUGUGAUAUUCUACAGGAUUUGUUCUUAAUAUAGUCAUCGAUUAUUCAUUUGCCAUGUGAUUCAUGUUUAGUUGGGUUUUCUUCAAUACAUACUUUUUUUCAGCUGUACUGUGGAAAUGUGCCCAGAGAUUUUUCUUUGCUAUGGAAAUCUCCAGUUUUGUGCAAAUGGAGAUACUUUUAUCUUUAUAAAAAGUACUCCAUUUUAACCUUUCAGAUUUUUAAAAUGAAACCGAAAUGGCCAGUUUUUAAGAUUGUUGCCUGUAAUGUAUAUUUAAACACACACAAAACAGAUGAUGCAGGAAGGGUUAUGAAAGUCAUCUUGAUUUUGUUUGGCCUUUGCAUUGCCUUGUUAAUCAAAAAGGAGACCAUACGCAUGGAGCUAGGUAACCAAAGCAAGUUUGUGAAACUUUGAACGGUGAUGGAGAAUUGCUGUGAUGAGAUGGAGGGCAAAGGGAGGGUAUACUUACAACCAACCAGUUUGUAAUGAUGUUUCUUAAAGGGCUGUUCCUACAGGUAACAUUAAAUGUGAACUAGACACUUCAGAGUCAUUAAAGGGUUUCUAACUGUAUUAAUGUAAUAGUGAUUUACCACAGGCUGCCUUUGUUCCUUAUUACUGUGUAAAAUAUUCAAUUAUGCUUGUAUUAAUUUUGUUUACCAGAAACAUUAACUUUAUUUUUCUCUUUCUCCUUUGUAAUUCAAUAAAGACUGCGCAGUCUGCAGUGUUAAUUAAUACACGGUUGUUAUGGACCAGGGAAAAGUGCCAUAGAAGACCAGUAACUGUUUUUAAUCGGGGCUAAUGAUUAGCCUGUCAUUGGAGCAAUAUUCAGUUAUUGCAGUUCAUUUUUACUUACGUACAAGUUGAUUGUGUGAAACAAGUAAAAGUCGCUUUCUUUUCGACCCAUGUGUACAAAAGUAAAUGCAUUUAAUAAACCUAGCAAAAACACCAGCCUCCUUUAGUUUUGGGGAAAUGAACUGCAAGAGAGGAAUUACACACAGCUAGCGGUAAUAAACAGGCAGUACUUUCUAAGUAAGUGAACUUCAAUAUUAUUGCACUUCUUUCAAAGAUGUUAACUGUUGCUUAUUGUACUGUGUAUAGUUCUAAUAAUUUUAAUUGAAACCCUUUAACAACUCUUUGUAUAUUUUAAUUCUUUUUAGUUGAUUUUCCAUGAUAUUUACAUAGGAAAAUGGUGAUUUUUUUUUUAUAUAUUAGCAGAAAUGUGCUGUAUUUUGAUAAAAAUUCACUUAUUUUCUCUGUGCUCUUAAUCUUUAAAGAAAAGAAUGAGAAACAUAGCUAUAUAAUGGCAGGCUUCAGUGUUCCCCUUCUGAGAAAUGUUUGGUUGUUUAGUUUCUAUUUUUUUAUUGAAAAGGAAAAUGUUCACAUCACAUGUUCAUUAAUUUCAAUCAUUUUAUUGUUCUCACACACUGCCUUUUAAAGGGAAAGAGAAUAGACAGACACAUCCUAAAUUGGUCUUCUACAUAACCUGUAUCUUUGGGAAGGGAAAAGUCCAAAAAGCAGAACUGAUUCUUUACUGAUCUUGGGCUGACUUUAUAUACAUUUUGCAGUACAUUUAAUUAUAUCACUGAGGAAUUAUACUGUGUUGUAUUUUGCUUUAAUGUUAAGAGGAGUUUUAAACUGUAUUAUGUUACUCAAUUUUCAGAUUGACUUGUCAGGAGACAAUUCUAUUAAAAACUUCUCGGCUAUGGUAGAACCGUAGAAACAGACUUUUAUAGAAGUUUAGUACCUCUCGUGGAAACAUUUGGCCAAAGUUUGUCUUCAGUAAAUUAGCAAAUUAACCAUCAAAUAAAACGUGGAUUAUACUGACUUUACUCAGUAAACCUUGGAGUUUUCAAUGGGUUGAAUUGUGUUCGUUCCUUCUGUGUCUGUGUGUAAUCUUAAAUACAUGUCAAGCUAGAUGAUUUUGCAGAGAGUGGGAGGAAGAUGUGCUCUGUACUAGUCUAAUUGGGAUUCAGCAGGAGAGACAAUAGUGGCAUUUUUCUUAAACUACAUUUUGAACAGAAAAAGCAUCUGUCAGCAGUGUAACUUACUCAGAAUGGCAAUGAGUUGAUGCAUACUCUGUUAAUUCUUUCUAUUCUUACUAGUUCAUUAAAGAAUCAGUUCAACUGACAUAAUGAAAAGAUGAAGUCCCCCACAUAUUUAUUGUGUAAAUAUUUUUAGUUUCUUUUUUGGACUGGAGUUUUUAAGAAGUGUGUAUAUACUUGAAAGCAUUCUCUGAACACAAACAUAGCAAUAAGCAACACACAAAAUCAAACCGUUAUGAUUUGGGACUUUUUUUCUUUAGAAAUAUUCCCACGUCAACAGCGAUGAAAUGUUUUUAUUGAUCAGCAUUUAUUCAACAUUCCAAAUUUUUGUAUAUAAUUAGACUGUUCCUGAGGUAACACAUGGAGAAUAGAUAAUAAACUAAUGCUCUAUAAA